CUCUUUCACUCCCUGUAGCCAACAUGGCAGUCGGCAAGAAUAAGAGACUGACCAAAGGCGGCAAAAAAGGUGCCAAAAAGAAGAUUGUCGACCCUUUCUCUAAAAAGGAUUGGUACGAUGUCAAAGCACCUGCUAUGUUCAACAUCCGCAACAUUGGCAAGACCUUGGUCUCCAGGACUCAGGGAACCAGAAUUGCCUCGGACGGUCUGAAGGGACGUGUGUUUGAAGUGAGCCUCGCUGAUCUGCAGAACGAUGAGGUGGCCUUCCGCAAGUUCAAGCUGAUCUCGGAGGACGUGCAGGGCAAGAACUGCCUGACCAACUUCCAUGGCAUGGACCUGACUCGUGACAAGAUGUGCUCCAUGGUCAAGAAAUGGCAGACCAUGAUUGAGGCCCAUGUGGACGUGAAGACCACCGACGGCUACCUUCUGCGUCUGUUCUGCGUCGGUUUCACCAAGAAGCGCACCAACCAGAUCAGGAAGACGUCGUAUGCACAGCACCAGCAGGUCCGUCAGAUCAGGAAGAAGAUGAUGGAGAUCAUGACCCGUGAGGUCCAGACCAACGACCUGAAGGAAGUUGUGAACAAACUGAUCCCGGACUCCGUUGGCAAGGACAUUGAGAAGGCUUGCCAGUCAAUCUACCCCCUGCAUGAUGUGUAUGUCAGGAAGGUCAAGAUGCUGAAGAAGCCCAAGUUUGAGUUGGGCAAGCUGAUGGAGCUCCAUGGUGAGGGUGGCGGCAGUGUAGCCAAGCCUUCAGGGGACGAUACUGGCGCCAAGGUGGAGAGGGCCGAUGGCUACGAACCCCCCAUCCAGGAGACCGUCUAAAAUCCCAUCAGAUUUAAUAAAAAAUGUAAAUGAGA